AGUUGACUCAUUUGUUAUUUUUCAGUUGCACCAGUUGUGUGUUGUAGUUUUCCGAUUGUGUGUUGUUCAGUAUUGUUCAGUGGUGUUGUUUAACUUUUGUGAAACAAUUUAUUCAAAAUAAAGAACCGCCGAUAUCGGACCAUUAUAGCAUAUAGCUGUCGCAACUGACCGCACACUGAACUGUCGAAAUCAAGUGUUUCUAUGGAAAACUUUUUCAUUUUACAAGAUAUCUUCACGAAAUUUUGCAUGGAUUUUUGUUUAAAACAUUACCACAAUAUCUGAACAAAUUUUCCAUAUUGGACGACAAACUGAACGAUCAGAAUAAAGCUGUUGUAUGGAAAAGUUUUUUAUUUGUCAAGAUAUCUUCACGAAAUUCCCUCAUGAAUUAUUAUCCCAGCAAUGCUACAAUAUCCAGACAAAUUGUUCCAAUCAGACCACUGUAUCAUAUAGCUGCCAUACAAAUCGACCGAUCAAAAUCAAGUUCUUGUAUGGAAACUUUUUUAUUUGUUAAGGGUAUUAUCGGUGCAACUGAAGAUAACGUUUUUUCUUGUUAACGAAAUGGAAAUAAUAUAUUUACUUACUGAAUCAUUUUUGUUGGGAUAGCUUUGAGAUCUUAUUUAGAAUUACUAAUUUACGUAUUAAAUAAGAUAAAAAUUUGUCUGCUUUGAAAAUACACCUUGUGUAUUUAAUAAUAUAAUAUUUGUCACGAGAAAAUAUUUCGGAAAUGGCAUUACAACAUCGAGAAGUUGGAGUCAGCGAUUUCGUGCUCCUUGACCAAAUAACAAUGGAUAAAUUUAUGGACAACCUAAAAAGAAGGUUUCAAAAUGGUCAUAUAUAUACCUACAUAGGUGAAGUUUGUGUAUCCAUGAACCCAUAUCGGCAAAUGAACACUUAUGGAUCUGAUGUAAUAAAUAUAUAUAAAGGUCGGGAGUUGUUCGAGAAUCCCCCUCACCUUUAUGCUAUCGCUGACGCUGCAUACAGGAUUUUAAAGCAACGGCAUCAAGAUACAUGUAUCCUUAUAUCCGGAGAAUCUGGUGCGGGUAAAACUGAAGCGUCAAAAAUUAUUAUGAAAUAUAUUGCAGCCGUUACUAACAUACAUGGACAAAAUGAAAUUGAAAGAGUGAAAAAUGUGCUAUUGCAAAGUAAUUCAAUCCUUGAAACAUUUGGAAAUGCAAAAACAAAUCGGAAUGAUAAUUCCAGCCGAUUUGGAAAAUAUAUGGAUAUUGAAUUUGACUAUAAAGGAGACCCGGUUGGGGGCAUAAUCACUAAUUAUUUGCUAGAAAAGUCUCGGGUGGUGCAACAACAACCGGGAGAACGCAAUUUUCAUAGCUUCUAUCAGCUCUUGCGUGGUGCUAGCGAUAGUGAAUUGCAACUAUAUAAUUUAUCAAAAGAUCCCAGCAGAUAUCAUUAUAUGAAUCAAGGUAGUAUGGACGUACUUUCUGAAAAAGUAGAUUAUAAAGGCACAAACAAUGCUUUUAAAACACUGGGAUUUACUACUGAAGAACUGCAAACUAUAUGGCAGAUUUUGGCAGCUAUUCUACAUUUGGGAAAUAUUGAGUUUCAAUCAAUCGAAGAUGAUCUUGUUAUAAGUAACAAAUCGCAUUUACAAUUUGCGUCCAAAUUAUUGCAAGUAACAGAAAAUGAGCUUUCCAAUUCGUUGACAACACGAAUUAUUGCUGCUGGUGGUAAUGUUAUGCAAAAGGAACAUGAUGCCACGCAAGCUGAAUAUGGAAAAGAUGCUUUGGCUAAAGCAAUAUACGACCGUUUAUUUUCCUGGAUUAUUUCCCGUAUAAAUCGGGCUAUCCUAUUUCGUGGUUCGAAAACUCAAGCACGUUUCAAUUCAGUUAUUGGCGUUUUAGACAUUUACGGAUUCGAAAUUUUUGACAACAAUAGUUUUGAGCAGUUUUGUAUAAAUUAUUGCAAUGAAAAAUUGCAACAAUUGUUUAUAGAACUGGUACUUAAACAGGAGCAGGAAGAAUACCAAAGAGAAGGUGUAGAAUGGACGAAUAUUGAAUACUUUAAUAACAAGAUAAUAUGCGAUCUCAUUGAAAAACCACAUAAAGGUAUGAUAGCUAUAAUGGAUGAGGCUUGUCUCUCAGUGGGUAAAAUCAACGACGAAACACUGUUAGGUGCAAUGGAUAAAAAUCUUAGCAGCCAUCCUCAUUUCAGCAGUCGACAAUUGAAGCCAACGGACAAGGAACUCAAACAUCGCGAAGAUUUUCGAAUAACACACUAUGCGGGUGAUGUUAUUUAUAAUAUCAAUGGAUUCAUCGAAAAGAACAGAGAUACAUUGUAUCAGGAUUUCAAGCGACUAUUGCAUCACUCCAAAAAUGUUAACCUUAGCGAUAUGUGGCCUGAAGGCGCCCAGGAUAUAAAAAAAACAACGAAACGACCCCUUACAGCUGGGACACUUUUCCAACGCUCCAUAAUAGAUCUUGUAAAUACUCUUUUGAAAAAAGAACCCUUCUACGUUCGUUGUAUUAAACCUAAUGACAUAAAGAGUCCCACCGUGUUCGACGACGAACGUGUACAACAUCAAGUUCGCUACCUAGGAUUACUAGAGAAUGUGCGAGUCCGGCGAGCUGGUUUUGUGCAUCGUCAACGGUACGAUAAGUUCUUAUUGCGUUAUAAAAUGAUUUCUCAGUAUACAUGGCCGAAUUUCCGCGCCGGUACCGACCGUGAUGGCGUGCGAGUUUUGCUUGAGGAAAAAGGUUUCGGAAACGACGUAAAAUAUGGACAUACAAAAGUCUUCAUACGCUCACCUAAAACAUUAUUUUCUCUUGAGCAGCAGCGAAAUGAAAUGAUUCCUCAUAUUGUUACUUUGUUACAAAAGCAGGUGCGCGGAUGGAUUGCACGUCAAAAAUAUAAGAAAAUUAAGGCUGCACUUACUAUUAUGCGUGCAUAUAAGACAUACAAAUUACGAUUUUACGUACAAGACCUAUCUCAACGUUUUCGUAAUGCCAAAAAUAUUAGAGACUAUGGUCGAAGUGUCCAAUGGCCACAACCUCCAUUAGCAGGACGAAAUGCAGAGCCUCAACUCCGACGCAUUUUUAACUAUUGGAGAGCUUUUAUGAUCCUUCGUAAAUAUCCACGAGGUGAAUGGCCGCAAUUGCAAUUACAAAUAAUCGCUGCAGCUGCUAUAAAAGGUCGUCGAUUACAUUGGGGACAACAACGCAAAUGGAUUGGUGAUUAUUUAGCAAACUCGCAGGAUAACACAGGUUAUCAAGCUUAUAGCACCAACGUUAGAAACUUAAAGAACAGUGCAGCUUUUAAUAAUAUACUAUUUUCCUCAUUCGUUAAAAAAUACAACAAACACAAUAAAACUGCUGAUCGUGCCUUUAUUGUAACAGAUUCGGCGAUCUAUAAACUGGAUGGUGCUAAACAUAAAUUUAAAAAUAUGAAUCAUUCUUUAUCUAUCAAAGAUUUAACAUCCAUCAGUAUUAGCCCUGGACGCGACCAACUUAUUGUUUUCCAUUCUUCCGACAACAACGAUUUAGUUUUUGCUCUGAAAAGUGAAAUCUCUCAGUUAAAAGAGGAUCAUAUUGGUGAGCUUGUGGGAGUAAUAUGUAAAAAAUAUAUUGAUAUUUGUCAGCGAGAACUGCGUGUGGAUGUUAGCCCUACAAUUGCUUGCCGCUUAGGUGGAAAAUCACGAGCUAUUACAGUAAAAGGUGAACUAGGAGUUGAUAAUCCAAAUUUCCGACAUAUAGCGGGUAAUAUUGUUUUUGAAGUUCCACCGUCAUAUUGCGUUUAGGAAGUUCUUGAUUUGAGGUGUGCCUAUGCAAGUGCGAUUUAAAGUUAAAACACCGUUUUCUAUGUGAUGCAUUUUUUACAUACAUGUGUACAUGACUAGCUUUAUAUUUAUUAUUUAAAAGUAAACACGACUAACUAAAACUUAACUUUAUACAAUACGUAUUCACACAACUAAUUUAAGCGGUAUCUUGAUUUAAUUCUCCGUAUUCAAUGAUUUCCUUAUGAGAUACUCGUCUUUAUGAAAGUGUUAUUAGUAAAAAGAAUAAAAUGAUAAAAAACAAGAUUUUUAUAUAUCAUGAAAAACAAAUAUACCAAAGUUUACAUAUGAAGCUGAUUGUACAGAACUCAAUAAUUAUUUCAGAAACCAGUUAUAAAAUAUUUACGCUUUAAUAAAUUUGAUCGAUUGUAUAAAUGGUCUUGCAUACAUAUGUAGAUAAGAAAGUAAUUUUUUGUACACUACCCUGCAGUACACAACUAUAAAAUUAAUCUAAAUUGUUGUACUUAAAACGUGCCAUCAUAUAAGUACUUAAAAAUAAGAUAGCAAUUUAAUAGUGUGAUUUGUUGCUGUAACCGCAAAACUUCCUAAAACAACAAAAUUUACCAUUUAAAACAUAUCUACAGCUUAAUUGGGAAUUAAUUUUCGAUGAAACGAUACGCAUUUCACAAGAUAAUUCACAUACGCAAAAUAUAUAUAAGGCAAUAGAGUAUGCACACUUUUUUAUUAUUCAGUAGGCUUUCAAACAGAGUUUCAUAUUAUUUUAAUAUAAUUGUAUGUACUAUAUGUAUGUAUAUACAUAUGUUUUAAAGGAAACCAUUGUUGGGUGACAAGCCUUAAGCAAUGUUGCAUACUGUAGUUUUAAAAUUGUUUUAGGUGUUUAUACCUACACCUGUGUACACUAUAACUAAAUUUCAUUACAAAAAAAAACUAUGAAUUAUAAUAAAAUUAAUAUUGCUAUAUGAUUGGGGAUAAAUUUGUUGAUUAUUUUAUUUAAUAUACGUAGAUAUCUUCUUAAUAAUUAUUAUUCCGAAAUUCGAAAAAUGUGAAUUCACCGGCGCUUUCCUUAAAAGUGCUAGUAUAAAAAUGGCUCAAACGAAUCGCUAUUUUUCGCAUAAGUCACAAAUAGUAAUUUUCAUAGUAUUUGAACACAAUUCAACAAUUAAUUCAUUUGAUUUUUAUAAUAAGAUAAUUUGAUUUUUAUAAUUUUAUUAGUGUGUAUAUACAUGAGCUUUGACCUGUAUGAUCGCUUCCUGUCAGCCAGCAGCACCUAAACUAUUUUGAACCCCUUGUCUUCUUUUCACUUGUAAUUCUGCGUGACAUUCCUCCUCGUUCCGUGCUCGCUUCGAUCCCAUAAUGUAUUUCGCACCCCGUUACUUUAAACGAAUGAAUAGGGAGAGACAACAAAGUAUUCCGGGUUUUAAGGUAUUCAAAUUUUGAAAUCUAUAAAAUUCACUCACCAAAUUUCCUUAGAAAUUAUAAUUUAAUGGAGGAGACUACCAUGUUUCGGGUUAUGGCGAAGUCAAACGGCAUAAGCACAAAACAGGACUUGGAAUCGUAAUAUGUGCCUUCAAGAACUGUUCCUUAAGAAUUCGUCUUUAGUGAAUUAGUCCUUUUUACCGGAACUGGGCGCAAUAUGGCGGAGCAAACUCACACCCUUUUACAUUUAUUAUCUACUAUAUAAACCAACCGACCUGAAAUACUUUCCUCAAUAAGGGAUACUUACAAUUAUUUUACGGUUUUUAGUUUGUCCUAAGCGCGCAAAUUUGAUUUUCGGCCGAAUGUUCUGAAAAUCUAAUAGAAACACGGCACGGUUACAUAAAUUCAUUCCUUUUGCAUUACUAUUUACGAAAAUAAUGUGUAUCGUAAAAUAAGUAUAAGUGGCCGUCUUGGUAUAUUAUUUCACUUUCUUAGUAUUUCACGACAGAGCAUGCCUAAUAUUCAGUUCCUCCUGAAAAUAGUCGUUCCUUACCUUUUAGAAUUAAAUUUAAGACUCUAAAUAUAAAUCGGUGGUGUCUGACCUAUCUCGCAAUUUAAGUGCAAUAUGCACAUAUACAUAUUCAUUUUAAAUUAGUUGGGCAACAUACAGUGUGUCAAUAAAAAUGCGAAACUUUUAGAUUAAUUUAGUUUAGUUUAGUAUACAGCAUUGUGAACAUAUUUUGGUCAUAAUUUAACAUAUUUUAAAUAGAAAUAAAAUAUGUUCAAAUUAGGUUAGACAAGUAAUAGGCAGUCGAUACAUAUACUUAAUUUGUAUCCAACUUUGUGAACUAUUUUAAAUUUUCUCCUGAUUUUGCAAAGAAGCACCACAUUGUACCUAUUUAUGUAUAUUUUUAAGCAUGUACAUAAUACAUCUGUAUAUUGAUUAAUUUAUUAUCAAAUAAAGACGAUACAACCGAAAGGAUAAAAUAA